AUGACUGCGACGCAGCGGAUUCGAGCACUCGAGAGUCCGACGUCCACUCGACAUCCCCAUGAGGUGAUACACUCACAACGGAACACCAAGCACGAGUUGUGCAGCAGAGCGUGCCUACAGCGACUUGGACGUCUGUUAUGGGAUCUCCUCAGGCUCUCUGCUUCGCACCAUCUCCGCGUCGCCGGCGACCCCAAUGAGUCCCCAAGCUUCGCUGUAUUGUGGGUGGCGACGGAGACACGCACACUCGCGGAAAGGACCAAGACUGACGCGGACGGGACCGACCAGUCUGGGGGGAUCCAAGCCCGAGCUUCCGGUAGUCGCGAACUCGAGGGCACCGCCGAUACACGCACUGCUCCGUUCCUUGCGUACGACUACCUCGCUCGCCCCAACUUCAUCGCCUUGAGCAGCAGCAAGCCGGACCCUUUGAGUACGCACAUCGACUCCCGCUCAACUGAGCCCGCUGCGGCGCCGCCAUCUGAUGCGUUCAAAGCCCAGCGCGCAACGGUCGGUCCUUCGGCAUUCGGGAUGAAGAGGAAUCCCGCCCGGAAACGAAUGACGCCUGUCCAUCACAGCAACCGAAGCAAAAACACCACAGAUUGGUCCACCGCGGCAAGACGUUACGAAGGAUUCUCCAAAGGCGUACUGUCACUCCCUCGCGCCGACGCCAACGCCGAGCGAUAUUCCGGAUGGAUGGUGAAGCGGUACGUUUCCGACUCACGCCCGUAA